AUACUCCAUGAUACAUUCUCGUUGCUCAACUAGUACUGAUGAGCCCGUCGAUCUUCCGGAGUUUUCACUCUCUCCGCCUGCGCUCUCCGCAGAACCAAGUACAUCUAGUCCAUCCAAAAAGUCAAUCGGGUCUCGUGUGGAAAGGCCAACCGAGUGUUUAGUAUGUGGAAGAUCUGCGCACGGAUAUCAUUAUAAUGUGGCCUCGUGUAACGGGUGCAAAACAUUUUUCCGGAGGAUGUGCUUGUCGGGAAGGAGUUUUAGCUGUAAAUUGGAUCGAGAUUGUUUCGAUUUGACGAAGAGAAAAACUCCCGCAAAAUGUCGAGCAUGCCGGCUUCAAAGGUGUCUAUCAGUUGGAAUGGAUCCUGGAGCAAUGGAAGUUGACGAAAAAGCAGCUUCAUCUUCAACCUACAAAUCUCUGCUAAAACGCUCGAAAGUGAAAGAGGAAGACCAAGAUGAUUGCCAAAUAAUUGCUCUAGUAUCAAAUAAUUCAAAGAAACCGUGGGAAUUAGUUAAAUCCUUGGAGAACAAGCUGCAAAACACAAUCGAUAUGCUAGUGUACUUGGAGUCGAAAGUCGAGAAAUUUCGAAAAUCCUCUUAUAAUCCGGACUGGAACGAAAUGGACGGUCUGGAAUUUUUACUAAAGACUGAGAGCCGGAUAGGGUUUGCUGAUCGAUAUGGGCCAAUGAAAGAAUGCCCUAUCAGAAGUGAUCAGAAGAAACUUCCUCCUCCACCUCAUCCCUCAUCAGCAAAGUUCGGAGGACCAAAGCAUAACCCUGACAGAAAACAAUGGAUGUACUUCAACUUGUUCACCACCGUAGAGUACGCGAAGACGUUCAUGUUUUUCCAUAGGCUCGACUCCAGAGACAAAUUUAUUCUGACAAAGCAUAUCACAUUGUCUUGUAUGAAUCUGCAUCUCUCCUACAUCUCGGUCGCCAGGAAAUCAGAAGUUUUGACGAAUCCCGACGGAACAAGCUUUCCUUCCAGAACCCAAGCCCACUACACUUCAAAAACAAUGUCGGUCGCUCCUCUAAUUCGGUAUCAAAUUCAGUACAUCGAGUACACGCUUCUCAAAGCAAUUUGCUUAUGUAAUCCAGCCGUUCCCGAUCUCUCUCACCACGCUCAGGAAAUACUUUCAAAAGAACGGGAAAAAUAUGCGGACGCUUUAUUCGACUAUUGCCUCCGAACUCGAAAUGAUGGGCCAUCACACUUUGCUCAGCUGAUGCAGAUUUUCGAUGUUCUGGAGCGCCAACAGAAGCUUCAAAAAGAUCUCCAUUUGCUUUAUAUUCUGCCAACUUUGGCUCAUGCUCCAAAGUGUCUUGUUAUCCGUGUCAUUGAGGAUAUUAUGGAAUCGUGAUUUUUAUUUUACUUACUAUUAGUGCGGAGUUUACGAAUUACCGUAUUCACUUUGAAAAUAAAUUUUGAAAAUUU